AACCCGCCCCUGCUAAAGCAUUCCCGCCUUUCUCAUUUACGAAGCACAUUUCCUCCAUAAGUGGUGUUUUGAACAUUUUGUCGAGCGAGAACCUCCGUGCCUAUCAAACUGAGUUCUGAUCUCUUGUUGCAGAGCGAGUCUUCAAUUCUGUGUUGUCGGUAUAAUGUUGCAAUGGAUGGGAGGUUCAAGACGGAAAGUGGCCACUUCAAGAAAGUCGACAGAAAAGAGGCAAAGACAGUACUUUGAGCAAAGGAAGCGGCAAAAACAGACUGCUGAGUUGGGGAAUUGUGCUGAUGAAAUGAUUCCUUGUGGCCAACAAGUCCAACUCCUUGACAAACCUCGGUCACUGGAUAUCCUUAAUUUGCUGAACUUAAAGACAGUUACUGAAGAAAGCAAUUCUGGUUGCACCACUGCAAAGGAAAAUCCAGUUAUCAAUGAUUCACCAGUGUACUUAAAGUGUGGAAUGCGAAGCAUCCCGAAUGAGGUCUCUAGUAGAGAGUCUGUUGAUCUGAAGGAAGCAAAAAAUGUACCAUCAAACCAUCAAGUGGACACUGAAUCACCAAAGAAGGUUUUCUCCAAUGUACCUGAUAGUUUACCAUCUCCUCAUAACUACUCUUCCGAUGGAAAUGGUGAUAAGCUGGAUUACUGGAGAACAGCUACUGUAAACCAAUUAUCUAUUCUUGAUGUACUUGAUGAUGAUGGACCAAAUAGCAAUGCAGAAGAAAGUCCUCUACGUGAAGCUCAUGUUGCAUUUUCUGUAGAAGGUUUAGGUAAAGUGGGGAUGGAAACACCAGUUUGUUCACCAAGACCUGGCGGAAUAUUAUUCGAUGGUUGCUCUUCACCACCAAAGGCUAAGAAAUUUCACUCAUCCAAGAACUUUAAAUACAUCAUGGAUGACGAAGAGCUUGAACUGAAUGCCAUGAUGCAUGAUAUCAAUAUGCCAUUUGGUGGCAAUUCUCCCAAGAUAGCUUCGAAAUCGGGGAACCCUAUGCAUUAUUCUGGCAAUCCAAAAAACACAAAAUUCACUUUCCAAGGCUGCAUGCAACCUGAUGCCUAUGAUAAUCAAAUUGACUACUUUCCAGGGGAAGAAAAAUACCUCUACAAUGAUAUUGGGUCACCUUUUCUGCAUUCUGAGGACCCCACAUCGGACAAAGAUUAUUUCUCAGUGACAAAAGAUAAGCCAAGGUACACUUCAUUGGAUGGGAGUUGGGACUUUGGCACUCGUACUGAUCAACCAACUUGGUCUUUCGCGACAGAAGAUGCAGCGGAUAGCAGGAGUUUGUUGAGCGAAGAGUCAUGCUCAUCCAGUGCAGUGAGGGGUGACAAAUGUUAUAAUUCUGCAUCAAACCCAAGUGCAAUGAAAAAAAGAAUGCCAAGGCAGGGAAAUGGCAUCUGCGGGAGCUCAGAAAACAACUAUGGUGUUGAGAAUCUUUAUGCAGAAGAAACACAGAACCAAAACCAGGAUGAAAUUCAGCAUGGAAACAAUGUGAAAGUUCCAGGAAAGUACCCGAGUGUGCUGAAACAGAUGAGGUCUAAACUGGAGGAUUACUCAAAAGAGCUGUACACUAUCCAGGAAAAUCUAAAACCGGAACCAAGAUGGUCAUUUGUGGAUGAAUAUUCCUCAGCUGAUAAAGAUUUGGGUCUUGGUUCUUUCUGCAAAAUUUCUGCAGAAACAGAACCCACGUCUUGGGACUUAGAGUUUUUCUCAGAGGAUCAUUCUAACAUACCAUCAUCCUCAAAGAUAUCCAAUUUUGAUGUUCCUUCAAAGUGUGCAUAUACUGCCAAUGAAAAAGCUGCGUUCCAACAGCCUCCCAGUCCUAAGAAUUCUUACGGUUCCCCCAUUUUAUCAAACACGGAAUCCAGUUCAAAGAAGCAAGAUGUAUCUCCAGCUCCCAGAGUGGACGGCAAGCCUCCAGAUUCAUCUGACGCUGUUGAUUUUUUAGAAUGUAUAGAGGUUCAGGAUGUUUCUAGGUGGGAAAGUAUCAGCAAAUAUCAUGAAGAGAAAUCAGAAUUUCAUCACACAUAUUGUGGAAAUUUUUUCGAGAAGAUACAGAAAGGGGUUUGCUUGGGAAACUUUGACGUAACCUCAGAAAAUGAAAAAGUGUCAUAUGAUAUAGAUCCUAAUGAUAACUGUGGUGAAUGCAAUGUGGCAAAUGAUGAUACUCUGGAGCAAGUCUUUAAGUCAAAGACAAUAUCUCCUGAUCAUGCAGAGGAGAUGUCAUCAAAUAUAAAGGACAAACCCGGCAAGCUUGAGAAAACCAUAGAUGUAAAGAAAUGUCCAUUUGAUGCCCUAGUUCAUCUUUCUUCUCCAAGUUGGACUAAAGACAAAGAUGCCUCUAGACCAAAGAGAAGGAAUACUGAGGGUAAUGGACGAAAUGUUAUCAUGCUUCAAAGCUAUGUUCAGCUUCUCUGUGUGCAGAAGGUAUUGAAAGAUGCAAAUGAGCAGGGCAGUUUAAAGAAAGCUUAA